AUGAGCUCGUCAAAUGUGGUGACACUUGACGUGGUAUUUGGAGACGUUCUACAGGUUCUUAUUCAUCACAAUUGGAUUCAAGUAAAUGCAGUCGAAGCAGUUGCUGCAGUCAAUAAGACGUUGCGAUCACUUAUUAAGCGUCAGAGACUAAAGCGAUUGGCAGUUCGACGUAAUGGAUUUCCUCCAGCGUUCAGAAUACGGUAUUGGCUGGAAGCUGGAGACGUGAAAACAUUAAUGCAAGAGCUUGUAUCGGAUCAAAUGAGCAAUACACAACUGUAUUUAAAGAUGGCUGGCAUUAAAAGUCUCGAGGAUCAAGCAACACUGAAGUUGACAGGCAUGGAAGGAGAAAUCAGUCGAGAUAUUGAACGUACAUUUCCUGCUGAUCCUUUCUUUUCGGAUGAAGAUGAUGGAAGACGUUUGCUUGGCAAUGUACUGAAGGCGGUCGCUGUUUAUGCUGAUGAUAUUGGAUAUUGCCAGGGAAUGAAUUAUGUUGUUGCUUCGCUUCUUCUCGUAAUGAAAGAUGUACGAGAGAUUAAGACACUGGAUCUUGAUGGACUCUCAAUGCAAGAAGCUGCAUUCUGGGUAACGGCAUCGUUCAUCCGACGCAAGGGAAUGGCAGACUUGUGGAAACACAAAAUGCCAGGGCUGUCGCAGUGCAUUUAUCUUUUCCAGGAACUUCUUAGGCUUCACUUUCACGACUUAUCAACGCACUUUCGGCAGAUUGGAUUGCAUUCCAGUAUCUUAGUCACUCAGUGGUUUGUGACAAUAUUUGCUCGUGUUCUACCCACUCAAGUACUUGUACGAUUUUGGGAUCUCUUUCUAAUGGAUGGAUGGAAAGCUGUCUAUCGCGUGGCCCUCGCUAUCACUGAAGAGCUACGGCCAAAGUUUCUAGCAAUGGAUCUGGAGCAAUGCAGCGAGUAUUUUCGCAAGCAUCCUAAACUUGGUCUGGAAAAGACAUUGAGUCCUGAGAAAUUGCUGCAUUGCGCUUUGAAAUUCAAGGUAACGCGAUCGAGCCUGAAACGAUUGGAAGAAGAGCGGCAUCUUGAGUAUCUUCGUCUUCGACUGCAGCAAACACCGCUCUCAGAAGAGCAUCGUAUGUUGUUUCCUACACUUGCGCAUGAGGACGAUGUCGGCGAGCAGAGAAAGUCUUUUAAAUUGAUCCGUGCAAAGUUGCGGCGCUUUGACACGGACGUAGCAAGCGAUACGGUUUUUCUUCAACACAAAAUCGAGGUCGCCGAGAAAGCGCAUGCUCAGGCAAUGUCGAUUCGGUAUGCCAUUGCGUAUGAAUUGUCCGAGGCUUCGAUUGAACUGGACGAGCGCAUUGAGAUAAAAGUUCGUUUACGAUCAAAGUUUUGCAAGUUAAUGGAAACUGCGGUUACAGAAGCCACCACAGCAUCUACACGCUCUACCAGGUCAAGCUUUACAACUUGGAUUAAUCCGUUGGAAUUUAUCAAUGAACGAAUGGCUAGUUGCUUUGAGCGUCUACCCUUGCUUUCAAGCUUUACAGAAGACGAAGGCAAGUUCCAUGCAAGUGACAAUGACACAGACGACGAGGAGGAUGAAGAAGCGCAACAAAACCUAAAACACCUUGAUAUGUUGGUUCCGCGGUUGGCUGCCGAACUGCGCCUGAUACAGCGCUCAUUGGCCUACAACCAACGCUUUCUGCGUCCGCUUUUACAGCGAACCCGACAGCUUCAGCGUGACGCUCAGCUUGCUCGUAUUGAAGUCGAGGAAGCGCAAUUGUUUAAGGACCGCUUGGCUGAUCAGUUGCUACAUAUUAUGCUGACUAGCGAGAAGCUGAAGAAUAAACGAAUGCAGGAGCUUUUUGCUGAGGUUGAUGAGCACAACGAAUGA